GCUGCUGCAUUGUGGGAAGCGGCCGUCUCAGUCGGACCCACCUCACUCGCAGCCGCCGCCGCCCAGACCGGCUUCUGCACCAGCAGCAGCAGCAACCGCCGCCGCCGCCGCUGCCAUGGGAGCUGUAACCGACGAUGAAGUUAUUCGUAAGCGACUUUUGAUUGAUGGAGAUGGUGCAGGGGAUGACAGACGAAUUAAUUUGCUGGUGAAGAGUUUCAUCAAGUGGUGCCAUUCUGGAUCUCAAGAAGAAGGCUAUACUCAGUAUCAGCGCAUGCUCAGCACUCUUUCACAAUGUGAAUUUUCAAUGGGAAAAACUUUACUAGUAUAUGACAUGAAUCUCAGAGAAAUGGAGAACUAUGAAAAAAUCUACAAAGAUAUAGAAAACAGCAUAGCUGCAGCUCAUGAAAAAAUUGCUGAGUGCAAGAAGCAAAUUCUUCAAGCGAAAAGGAUACGAAAAAACCGCCAAGAAUAUGAUAACUUGGCUAAAAUAAUACAGCAACAUCCAGAUAGACAUGAAACAUUGAAGCAGUUGGAAGCUCUGGGGAAAGAACUGCAGCAUCUGUCUCAUAUCAAAGAAAGUGUUGAGGACAAACUGGAGUUGAGACGGAAGCAAUUUCACGUUCUUCUGAGCACCAUCCAUGAACUUCAGCAAACACUGGAAAAUGAUGAGAAGCUUUCAGAAGCUGAAGAAUCAUCAGAUGCUCCAAUGGAAGCAGAAGAUAAACAAUAGAUGUGUAUUGUUGAGAAAUCUGGUAAUUCGUUUUCCUGAAGAUGAUUAAUAACUAGGGUUUUGAAUUCAUUUUGUAUAUUAUUUCUUUGACCAAAGUAACUAUAUUAUGUUUCUACCUGAAUCCAUGCUUACAUACAAUAAAUUCUUGAAAUUACACAAUAAAGUAAUUUAGUCUUGGGUUAAUGUUCGGGAAUUAAGCUACCUUUUAUAUUGAUUAUAUGGUAGGGUAUUGUCAACUUGCAAAGCAUCCCUCGCAAAGCAUUUAGGGCAUCGGUCAGAACCCUGACAGGUAUUACAUUGAAACAAUGUAAUCUCUUGUUUCUCCCUCUUUUGGGACUCUUCUGAACCCAAAACUUGAUAUACUGAAAAUGUGACUUGUAUAAUAACACGUUCUUACAUUAAUAUUUGUUGUCUCAGAUAAUUAACAACAACACAUAUAUGGAAACAUGUUUAUUCGAAAUAUUAUUUUGUAGUCCUUAAAAGAUCAUCCAAAGCAGUUUAGAUUAUUUUUAUUCCCAAAAAUUUACAUUGUUGCAUUUCUCAGAGUUAUUGGCUACGCUGAUUUUUCGACGAUACUAUCCAGGUGGUUAACUAGUUUUACAUAUAUGAAAAAUACAAAGUAUAAUAAAAUAAAAUAAAUUAUGAGAAUAAAAGGAAAGGUGACUAGACUAGACUAGACUAGACUAGACUAGACUAGACUAGACUAGACUAGACUAGACUAGACUAGACUAGAAUAGAAUAGAAUAGAAUAGAAUAGAAUAGAAUAGAAUAGAAUUUUUUAUUGGCCAAGUGUGAUUGGACACACAAGGAAUUUUCUUGGUGCAUAUGUUCUCAGUGUACAUAAAAGAAAAGAGAUGUUCAUCAAGAAUCAUAAGGUACAACUCUUAAUGAUAGUCAUCAGGAACAAAUAAGCAAUCAGAAAACAAUAUCAAUAAAAAUGGUAAGGAUACAAGCAACAAAGUUACAGUCACAGUCAUAAGUGGAAGGAGAUGGGAAUGAUGAGAAGAUUAAUAGUAGUACAGAUUUAGUAAAUAGUUUGACAGUGUUGUCAGUGUUGUGGGAAUUAUUUGUUUAGCAGAGUGAUGGCGUUCAGGAAAAAACUGUUCUUAUGUCUAGUUGUUCUGGUGUGCAGAGCUCUAUAGCGUCAUUUUGAGGGUAGGAGUUGAAACAGUUUAUGUCCAAAAUGUGAGGAGUCUCAAAAUGAUUGAGUUACCUAAGAGAUCUGUGUUGCUUUCUUUUUCCAAGAAAACAAUGAAGCAUAGGAGCAAUUUAUAGUGUCAGCUUUAUGUAAUAGAUGCUUUUCUCUGGCUUCCUUAUUCAAGUCUUUGUAUUGUUAAGGCAUUUAUUUUAGCUUUUUUUGUUUUGAGAGGUACUUUCCCCUUAAUGGAAUAUAAGGUGGGAGUUCAUAAAACCUUGCAAGUCAAUCUUUUGUAUAUGAGUUGCAGAUUUGGUAUCUGCAAGGAGGCAGCUCAUCCUUCUAGGAGAAGUUAUCUGCCCAAUCUUUUGCAAUUCAAAGAAGGAAAAGGAGAGAAAACAAAGAAUAAUUCCUUGCCUUUGUCUCUAGUGUGAUCUGCAUUAAGGAACAGGGGUUUCAACCAUUACCACUGCCACCACCACUACCACUGGUAUCACCAAAAUAAAUCCUCUUGUGGAUUGAAGGAUUUUCAUUUGCAAGUCUGAGAAUCAAUUGGCUGGGCUAAGUAGGAUGACCAAAUUGCAGCAUUCUAAAUACUGGUGUGUGCCAUCCCAACUACAGAUCAAGAAUUAAGAUUUUCUUAUGUAUUGUCAGUUCAAACUACUGUAUAUUAUAAAUGGAUGGGCAUUUGUGAUGAUA